GCGCUCCACUGGUCUAGACGGCUGUCACUACCACAGAACGCACCUUCGAUCGUCUGCACGACUGGAAAGGAGUCCUUGGCUACCGAGGUCCCAAAAUGAACUGCCCUUCCAGAACUGAUGACGACGUCCUUUGGAACCCAGGAUGGAACCAGAAUCCCCCACGUUUCGCCGCUGAUCUGACGACCUGCGAGGAUCUGAACGGCAUCGCGAAUGCAAGAGAGUUGGGGGAAGCAGAUCGACUGCGCAGCGGCACGCAGAAUCUCCGGCGGUGUGAACUCGAUGAAUUCAGUGGCCAAGAGAUGGAGAAGAGAAAGCUAAGCCACACUGGCGAGGGUGUCAAAGGGUCCCCAAAAGGACCUUGCACCCGAACAAACGCGCACGUGAGCGAGCACCAAGCUGGCCUCACCAACACUAUCAUCAGCUGGGCCAAGUGGCUGGUAUCAGUAAUCUGCACUUCGUUGCUGAUCUCGUACGCUACUGGCAAUCUAUCCGCGCCCAAGUUUUUCCUACCAAAAGGUGAGAUGAAACAGCCCCAAUGGUGUCAAAGCGUCAACACUAACACCGAAUUCGCAGACCCGACAAUCCAGCGUCUUCCCAGGCGGAGCACCUGCGAAGAUGGCAAAGCCCAGCCCAACUACGAUCUGGGUCUCCAUGUCGCCGGCCUUUUCAUCAUUCUUUUCGUUUCAGGGACUGGCUGUGCCUUCCCAAUGCUCGUCCUCAAGUUCCCACGGCUGCGCAUCCCACCUGCCUUCCUUUUCGGCGCGAAGCAUUUCGGCACCGGUGUCUUAGUCGCAACUGCAUUCGUCCAUUUACUUCCUACCGCUUUUGGUUCGCUGAACGACCCCUGUCUGUCGAGCUUUUGGACGACCGACUAUCAGGCUAUGCCGGGCGCCAUCAUGCUAGCUAGCGUCUUCUUCGUCACCUUAAUCGAAAUGAUCUUUUCUCCUGCCCAACAUGUCUGUGGCGGUAACGAGGGCGCGGAGGCUGUGUCUCGCCGCAAGGAAGAGCCGAAGACUGAGAACGAAUCGCCUGCUCCACCGCAACCAGCAAUGCAGAGAACAUACUCUGAUACCAGCAUGCGAGUACGCGAUCUGGGCGUCUUGCGUGGAAGGGUCGGGAGCAUUAGUAGAACGCUCUCCCGGUACCGUGAGGAUGGCCAGCGACUCGAUGCCAUUGAAUCUGUGGGUGGGUUUGAAGCGGAAACCCCGGGCGCUCGUAGCAAAGAAGCGAAUGACGAAUAUGCUAUUGAAGAGGACCAAGAGACUGGGGAGCACGACCAUGUGCUCACCCCAGAGCAAAUCCACAAGAAAGCCAUUAUGCAGGUAUUUCUCCUGGAAAUGGGUAUCUUGUUCCACAGCAUCUUCAUUGGAAUGUCGCUCGCUGUUUCAGUCGGCAACGAUUUUACCGUUCUGCUGAUCGCCAUCGUCUUUCAUCAAACCUUCGAAGGUCUUGCACUUGGCGUACGUAUCGCCGACAUCAAAUGGAAGCCACGCGCUGCACAGCCUUGGCUCAUGGCUCUCGCUUACGGUUGCACCACACCCGGCGGCAUGGCAAUCGGCAUAGCGACACACACUUUGUACUCUCCCGACUCUGAAGUCGGCCUCCUCGUCGUCGGUAUCAUGAACGCCAUCUCAGCGGGGUUCCUUGUCUUUGCCUCACUCGUGGAACUCAUGUCAGAGGACUUUCUGAGCGAUGAGAGUUGGAAGGUACUCAAGGGUAAGCGCAGGGUGUAUGCUUGUUUGCUUGUGUUCCUUGGUGCAUUUUUGAUGAGUUUGGUGGGAGCUUGGGCGUAAGGAGAGGAUAUGUGGCGAAUGGGGCGGUGGAGGAUGGUAAUAUGGAUGAAGGAGGAUGUGUUGGAUGCCUGCAGAGGUAAGGAAGUUGGAACAAAUUGUACAUUGACCUACGGACGGGCUGUUGGAUGGCAGGACAGUGGAUUUUGGAAGACUUGUGGCCGUGUUUAUCCAGUCGUUACUGCAUAAGCCAGCAUAAAGUCAUCAGUAGCUCACAA